AUGGCCAGCCCACCGCCCGUCCCCGAGGACCAGACCCGCCUCCUCGAGGAGGCGUUGGGGGUGGUGAGGCAGCAGUCCGGCAUGAUGCGCAAAUGUCUGGAGACGCCGGGGAAGCUUAUGGAUGCGCUCAAAUGCGGCUCGACACUUGUCUCCGAAUUGCGAACCCCCAGCCUCGGUCCCAAACAGUACUAUGAAUUGUACAUGGCCGUGUUCGAUGCGCUGCGACAUCUCUCCGUCUACCUGAAAGAAAACCACCCCGUCAACCACCUUGCCGAUCUAUACGAGCUGGUCCAAUAUGCCGGCAAUAUCGUCCCUCGUCUAUACCUGAUGAUUACCGUGGGCACUGUGUAUAUGUCGGUUGAAGAUGCGCCGGUCAAGGAGAUUAUGAAGGACAUGAUGGAGAUGAGUCGGGGCAUCCAGCACCCGACCCGUGGCCUGUUCUUGCGAUACUACCUGUCCGGCCAGGCAAGAGAUUACCUGCCGACGGGGACUGGUGAUGGCCCAGAAGGUAACAUGCAGGAUUCGAUCAACUUCGUUUUGACGAAUUUCGUGGAGAUGAAUAAGCUCUGGGUUCGACUUCAACACCAGGGUCCGUCCCGGGAACGCGAACGCCGGAUACAGGAACGCCGCGAGCUGGAACUGCUCGUAGGCAGCAAUAUUGUCCGACUGAGCCAGUUGGUGGAUCUUGAGGGGUACAAAUCUGGAAUUUUGCAAGCCCUCUUGGAACAAGUCGUGCAAUGCCGAGAUGUCUUGGCGCAAGAAUAUCUGCUGGAAGUCAUUACAAAGGUCUUCCCAGAUGAGUUCCAUCUUCACACCCUGGAUCUCUUGCUCUCUGCGAUUGCUCGACUCAACCCCCAUGUCGACCUGAAGAAAAUAGUCAUUGGGUUGAUGGACCGUCUGUCCUCCUAUGCAGCUCGGGAAGGAGACUCAACUGCAGAGCCCGAGGUGCGGGGAAAGAGCGAAGAAGAAGCUGUAGCUCGUUUGUUGCAAAAACUCGAGCUUUCCAAGGAAUCUAAACAGCCAGAACCUACCGAAGAGGCUGCGAUGAGCAGUCCUUCCAAGGAGAAUGGCGCCGAGGAACCACCCAAGGAUCGCGAAGAGCCAUCAGAACCUACCACAGAAGACAAGCAAGCCGCCAACGGGGGCGAGGCGAAACCUGGGAUUCCCCCAGAAAUCAAGCUAUACGAUAUCUUCCACGACCAGGUGGUCAAUCUGAUCAAGACCCGCCUGUUACCGAUUCAAGAUACCAUGGCGCUCCUCGUGUCACUCGUCAAUCUCGCGCUGAAUAUUUAUCCGGAUCGGUUGGAAUAUGUCGACCAGGUCCUCGACUUUGCAACCCAGAAGACGGCCGAGUACGCCGAUCAUGCCGACCUUCACUCGGCGCCGACGCAGCAACAUAUUCUCCACCUUCUCAAUGCCCCCCUCCGUUGUUAUGUUUCGAUCUUCACAGCCUUGGCACUACCACACUAUCUACCCCUUUUGACCUCACAGUCGUACCCCACUCGGAGAGCCAUUGCAGGAGAGGUGAUCCGGACUCUUUUGAAGGACAAGAUCCUAAUCUCGACUCCGGAGAACCUCGAUCGUGUGCUCCAAGUGGCGAAGGUGCUGAUCAAGGAGGGUUUGCAACAGUCCACCGGAUACCCCGGGGUACAGUCCCAGCGACGCGGGGGAGAGACCGACGAGACAAUCGAGGAGCAAGGAUGGCUGGCCAGAUUAGUACAUUUGAUCCAGGCGUCGAACAACGACACUCAACUGAAGCUUCUUCAAGCAACGCGCAAGGCAUACACUGAUGGCAACGAGCGCAUCCGCUAUACCACACCGGCCAUUGUGACCGCCUCGAUCCGGUUGGCCCGGAAAUUGAAGGCGCGUGAGCACUACGAUGACAAUUGGCAAUCACAGUCGUCUGCCCUCUACCGAUUCAUGCACCAGUGUAUCAAUAACCUGUACCAACGAGUGAACCCCGGGUGUGCGGACCUGGCGCUUCGAUUGUUUGUGAUGUGCGGUGAAGUCGCGGACCAGACUGGUUUCGAGGAGGUUAGCUACGAGUUCUUCGCACAGGCGUUCACCAUCUAUGAGGAUGCGAUCAGCGAUUCGCGCGCCCAGUUCCAGGCUGUCUGCGUCAUCGCGGGUGCCCUGCAUGGCACCCGUGGCUUCUCCAAGGAGAACUAUGAUACCCUGAUCACGAAGGCCGCGCUGCACGGAAGCAAGCUUCUCAAGAAACCGGACCAGUGCCGCGCGGUGUAUCUUGCAAGCCAUCUCUGGUGGGUGGUCGAGAACCCGCAACGCGGAGAAGAGGAUCCCAAGAAUCUUUACCGCGACGGCAAACGAGUCCUCGAAUGUCUCCAGCGUGCCCUCCGCGUGGCAGAUGCCUGCAUGGACACCGCCGUCUCCGUCGAGCUCUUCGUCGAAAUCCUCAACCGCUACGUCUACUAUUUCGAUCAGCAGAACGAGACCGUCACCACCAAGUACCUCAACGGACUCAUCGAGCUCAUUCACUCCAACCUACAGACCAGCGAGGACGAGCCUAACCCGAACCUCGACGGGCCCAAGCGUCAUUUCCACCGCACGCUGGAGUAUAUUCGCACUCGGGAGUAUGAGGGUGUGGUGACGGAGUCUCGGCAGUAA